AUGCCGACUUUCCACGCCCCAAUGCCCGUCUACCCCCAGCAGCAGCCCAUCUUCACCGCUCACUCCCAGCUGGGCCACAAGAGCCCACUGCACCACCACAUGAGCAUGACCCCAAUUGCCUCGCCUCAACCUAUGCACCUCCAGCCAUCUAUUAUGGUGCAGCAGCAAGAUUCCCGUGCCCUGCUUCCUCUCGACACUCGUUUCGUCAACGCCGACUUUUACGCCUUUCCGUCGACUCCACCGUUGUCGUCGUCCGGCAGCACCAUCAGCAGCCCGCCGUCGACAUGCGGCAUGGUACACACGCCCGUCAACGGUUCCUUCUCUGGCUUGGAAAACAUGGAAGGCGUCAAACAGGGCUGUGAAUCCGAUGUGCAUGCCGAGAUUCUAGCGAAGCCCGACUGGGGACGCUCUAACUCUCCUCCUUUGACGCCAGUGUUCAUCCACCCGCCUUCGGUUACGGCCAGCCAAGCCUCGACCUCCGAGCUGCUGUCAUGCCCAUCCCUGUCUCCGUCACCCUCGCCAGGGCCCACUGCGCUCAUCUCUCCCUUCUCUGUUGAGCCUGCGAGCUCGAACUUCUGCGAUCCUCGCGAACUGACUGUCGAUUCGGCUCUCGCGUCUGCGCCUCCAACUGACUUCCCCCCCUUGCCUGCCCUUCCAUCCGGGGACGAGGAGGAGCACAAGUUGCUCAUCGGCAGUGGAAACCUGACCCUGUCUAACGAAGUGUCGUCUACUUCCUUUUCAACCUGCUCCCAGGCUACUCUGACCACUUUACCCAAGUUUGACAGCUUCUCUGACCUGGACUCUGACGAGGAAUUCGUCACUGGCUUGGUAGAUUUUGCUCCUCCGGCAUCCAACGCCUUCUUUCUGGGCGACAAGCGCCAGCGCAUCGACCCCUACACAUUGGACGAGGACGGAUUCUUGAGCGAACAAAGCUUCGACGACCUGGACGAAGAGGACGUGAUUGGCAACUCUGGCCUCCCUAUCGUUUCCUUUGAGAAUUUCUACGCUGGCGACGACAGUGCUUCGGAUGAGAUGAAAAAUAAGAAGCGCUCGAAGAAGUCCACUGUGAAGAAGCCUGUCUCUCCAGAGUCGGAUUCCUCAGACUUCUUCAACCACGAAGUCCCUGUCAACAGCCAUGGUAACAACCAUCAGAGCCAGAAGAGAUCCGCCCAGGGCAGUGGUGCGACUAGUGCAAAGUCCGAGACGACUGCUGUGUCCAGUGCAUCCGAAAAUUCAGCUGCUCAAGCACCCGUCAGUCGCCGUGGUCGCAAACAGUCCGUGACUGAUGACCCUUCGAAGACCUUUGUGUGCAACUUGUGCUCACGUCGCUUCCGCCGCCAGGAACACUUGAAACGCCACUACCGCUCGCUUCACACCCAAGACAAACCUUUCGAGUGCAAUGAGUGUGGCAAGAAGUUCUCUCGCAGCGACAACUUGGCUCAGCAUGCUCGAACUCACGGAAACGGUGCUGUUAUCAUGACUGUCUUGGAGGAUGGCACUUCUGUGGCUACUCAGCAAAUGUACGAGGAGGAUGCUGGUGCUUUGGGCACUACUCUAUAUGAGGCCGCCAACGCUGCUGCCACGCAUUCUACCACUAGUGAAUCGGGGUCCAGCGUCGAAUCGGAUUCUCCGACCUCUGCUGAGCGUCGACCUCUCAAGAAGCGCAAGCGUGACGAAACCGCCUAA